AUGAAUAACUCUGCUAAUAAUACAGGUGACAAUUUGGUCAACGAGAUGGAACUGUCUUCAAUCCGAACAAGAACCAGCCGUCGAUUAUCAAAGAUCGGUACUAAUACAUCGAAUAAUUUUGCCAGUACCAAUCAACAGUCCAAGAGAGCACAGAUAUGGUGCGGGAUGAAGGCAUCUUUAGUAAAGUAUUCCAGUUUUAUUGGUCCCGGUCUAAUGGUCUCUGUUGCUUACAUGGAUCCCGGUAACUAUGCUACAGGUAUUACCGCAGGUGCAUCCAACAGAUAUUCAUUACUAUUUAUAGUCUUCCUUUCAAACAUAAUUGCUAUUUUUUUACAAAGUUUAUGUAUCAAAUUAGGGUCUGUUACUGGAUAUGAUUUGGCGAGAUGCUGUCGUGAGUAUUUACCCCAGAAAUUGAACAUCGUGUUAUGGAUUUUAGCAGAAUGUGCCAUUAUUGCAACUGAUGUUGCGGAGGUCAUCGGGUCUGCGAUUGCAUUGAAUAUACUUUUAAAAAUUCCAUUACCAGCAGGAGUUGCGAUCACUAUAGUCGAUGUCUUGUUUGUUCUUAUGGCCUACAGAAAUGAUACGUCAUCGACAAAAUUCGUUAAGCUUUUUGAGUAUGCGGUGGCAUUGUUGGUCGCAGCAGUAGUCGUAUGUUUUGCAGUUGAGUUGUCCCAAAUUCCUGGUGAUAUGGAUACUGUUAGAGCUAUAUUCCGAGGCUAUUUACCAUCACUGGAAAUGUUCAAAGGUAGCGGAAUGACAAUUGCCACAUCUAUUAUUGGGUCAACCGUAAUGAUUCAUUCGUUGUUCUUAGGUUCUGGCAUUGUGCAGCCAAGAUUACGAGAAUAUGAUGUUCAGAAUGGGCAUGUUGUAUUGGAUGAGCUAAUUGAUGCCGAAGAUGAAGUUAUUUUGAACGAGAAAUCGGAAUCAAAGCAACGUCGUUUCAUAGAAGACAAGGAGGCAGCAUACUUUUAUAAUUCCUACAAGCCGUCAUACGAGGCAAUUGAAUAUUCUUUCAAGUACUCGAUUGUUGAGUUGGUAGUGACCCUUUUUACAUUUGCUUUAUUUGUAAAUCUGGCUAUCUUAAUCAUAGCAGGAUCUACUUUAUAUGAUACACCCGAAGCAAUGGAUGCUGACUUAUAUGCCAUUCACAACCUACUUUCUACAAAUUUGGCCCCAGUCGUUGGAACUGUCUUCAUGUUAGCUUUACUAUUCAGUGGGCAGAGUGCAGGGAUUGUUUGCACAAUUGCCGGCCAAAUCGUCAGUGAGGGGCAUAUUAAUUGGACCGUCAAGCCAUGGCUAAGAAGAUUGAUCACCAGGGGAAUCGCUAUCGUUCCAUGUAUGAUUAUAUCUCUUUGCAUUGGUAGAAAUGGUCUUGACAAAGCAUUAAACAUUUCGCAGGUGGUCAUUUCUAUUUUGCUUCCGCCUUUGACAGCUCCCUUGAUCUACUUCACUUGCAAGAAAUCCAUCAUGAAGGUAGAGUUACCGGCAGAUCGCCAAUUGCAAGAAUCAUCGCAGGUCGAAGUACAUCAAGUACAGGAUGCUACUGAUUCGCCAACUCUUGAACAAGAGAUAAAAUACAAAUAUAUGAAUAAUAACUGGUUAACUACAAUAAUAGUGGUAUUUAUAUGGUUAUUCGUUUCAGUCUUAAACAUUUAUGCAAUCGUUGACAUGGCUAGAAAUGGUGUUGCAGGUAGUUAG